UGUAAUUAUUUAAUUAUUAAGGGGUUUAUGUGUAAUAUGGUGAUUAUUUAUUUAUUUCAUAUCGAAUGGUAACAAUCGCGAUAGUGCCCGAUGGCGUCCCCUUCUUCGCUCCCGGCAUCGUCCUCUGAAAACCCUAACAGCGAUCUCCUCAAAGAGAUUCGAAGCCAUGAGAUCGCCAUUAGCGAGCUCAACAGCCUCGCCCCUUCCCGCAAUGUUUAUCAGAAAAAUGGUGGACUUUUUUUUCGAAAGAGUAUAAAAACAGCCAUUCAAUCUGAACAAAAGCAACUUGAAACAGCCAAACAACUGUUGCAAAAGAUGGAUGUGGACCUGAAAUAAAAGAACUUUAGGAACUUUGUUGGUAUAAAAGAUACAUGCUCCUUAUUGUUGAGAUGGUUACUCAAGAGUACAGACCAAGUUGACGUUCACUAUAGAUUGGGCUACGUUGGAAUGCAGGAUGCUGAUUGGAUGGAUGAAAUUAUGUGCUAGCCUAGUGCUGGAUUGGUUGGCCACUACUUUUUAAUUUGUUGCAACUUCUGUUUACGCUUGGUGUUGCUAUGCUAGCAAGUCCUUUUGUUGUUUCUCUAUAUUAAAGUAUAACAAGUCCUUUAAUGAAAUAGUCAAGCUUAAGACAUUCUAAGCUUCAGCUUA